GCCGCAUCCGCAGUGACCGAUGAAAGUGGAAGGUUGAGGAGGAGGAAUCAUCAAAGCAAAGCGAGCCACCUUUUCCUCCUCCCUCCUCCUCCUCGCCGCCGCCAUGGCGAUGUGCUGGUCCUCCCGCUCGGCGGCGAUCCGUGGGCGGGCCCACCUGGCGGCCACGCACGCGGGGGCCGGGGCGAGGGCGAUGGCGUCGCUCUUCGGCCACGUCGAGCCGGCGCCCAAGGACCCCAUCCUCGGCGUCACCGAGGCCUUCCUCGCCGACCCCUCCCCCGACAAAGUCAACGUCGGCGUCGGCGCCUACCGCGACGACAACGGCAAGCCCGUCGUGCUCGACUGCGUCCGCGAGGCCGAGCGCCGGAUCGCCGGCAACCUCAACAUGGAGUACCUUCCAAUGGGAGGAAGUAUAAAGAUGAUUGAAGAGUCGCUAAAGCUGGCAUACGGUGAGGAUUCUGAGUUCAUUAGAGAUAAGAGGAUUGCAGCGGUGCAGGCUCUUUCAGGCACAGGUGCAUGCCGGCUCUUUGCUGAUUUCCAGAGGCGUUUCUUGCCAGACUCACAGAUCUACAUACCUACACCUACAUGGUCCAAUCAUCAUAACAUUUGGAGGGAUGCUCAGGUGCCCCAAAGGACAUUCACCUAUUACCAUCCAGAGUCAAGAGGUCUUGAUUUUGCAGGAUUGAUGGAUGAUAUUAAGAAUGCUCCAAAUGGUUCGUUCUUUUUGCUUCAUGCAUGUGCUCAUAAUCCUACUGGAGUUGAUCCUACAGAGGAACAAUGGAGAGAGAUAUCCUACCAAUUCAAGGUAAAGAAUCAUUUCCCAUUCUUUGAUAUGGCAUACCAAGGAUUUGCCAGCGGUGAUCCAGAGAGAGAUGCCAAGGCAAUCCGAAUCUUCCUUGAAGAUGGGCAUCAAAUUGGAUGUGCUCAAUCAUAUGCAAAGAACAUGGGACUGUAUGGACAAAGAGCAGGGUGCCUGAGUAUUCUAUGUGAGGAUGAGAUGCAAGCAGUUUCUGUUAAGAGCCAACUACAACAGAUUGCAAGGCCAAUGUACAGCAAUCCACCUGUUCAUGGUUCACUGGUUGUCUCUAUAAUCCUUAAUGACCCAGAACUAAAGAGUUUAUGGUUGAAAGAGGUCAAGGGUAUGGCUGAUCGAAUCAUUGGAAUGCGGAAGGCACUUCGGGAAAAUCUCGAAGGCCUAGGUUCACCUUUGUCAUGGGAUCACAUCACCAAUCAGAUAGGAAUGUUCUGCUACAGUGGGAUGACACCUGAGCAGGUGGAUCGCUUGACCAAUGAAUACCAUAUUUACAUGACCCGUAACGGCAGAAUAAGCAUGGCUGGUGUAACUACAGGAAAUGUGGCGUAUUUGGCUAAUGCUAUUCAUGAGGUUACCAAAACGAAAUGAAGUUACUUCUCUGCCCUCUUCAGCCAACCUCAAAACGAAAUGAAGUUACUUCUCUACCCUCUUCAGCCAAUGAAAUGAGGCUUGCAAGCGGCUUUUUUUGUCUAUUGACCUACAAAGAUGUUUGUACUAGAGAGAAAUAAUCUAGUCAACAUGCUGGAGUUUCUCCUACUUUGGAUUUUACCUGUAUGGAGAAGAGAACUAGAAACAUAUACAAUUUUGGGACCUAGAUGCUGAUCGUGUUCUAGCGGCAGAUGUCUGUAUCAGAUCACCUCAGAAACAUAUGAAAGAGGCUAAACAAAAUAAAUACAAUUUGAUCAUUUGAACA